AUGAAGUCGCAAAUUGGCUUAGCUACUAUAGCAUUGGGUACCGCCUUAUUUUCAUACAGGUUGUUUCUUCAAACUCACGAAAAGUCCGAAUCCCCAACAAUGAAACCGAAACACAAAUUCUAUACUGAUUUUGACAAGGAAUAUGAUGCUUACAAGUUGGAAAUUGACAAUCAGGUUGACUUUUAG